UUUUGUUUAUUUGUGUUUCUGUGUAUGAGUGAUAUUGUGAUAGUUCAAGGAAAAGUUGAUAUUAAGUGAUUCCAUUAAUUAAAAAUUCUUCUCAGUAAUGAAAUUAAGCCAUGUGAUUAGAACUAUAUCAGAUUUUCAACAUCAUCGAAAUGUGUGCCUGGCAAGCAGUUCCUGAGGAACGUUCAUAUGGAAUAGCCGUCUACAAUUUUCAAGAGGAUGGUGAUUACAAGUUGAAACUUACUGUGGGAGAUGCGGUUCACAUCAAAGAAGAGGAAGAGAAUUGGUACUUUGGCUAUUCCAUCAACAACCGACAUGCACAGGGUAUUUUUCCCAAAAGUUAUAUCCACAUCAAGAUGUGCACUGUGGAUUCCAGUGAGUCCAUACCGAAUUUCGUAUUGAAAGAACCAUCUAUUGCCCAAGAGAUUGCAACUGUUCUGAGAGAAUGGAAUACUCAUUGGAAAAACCUUUAUGUGACCCACAACAAAAAUUUCGAACCAAUCAAAAAUCACAUCUACGACUUGAUAAAUCAUAGGAGUAAGAUAAUAAGUGGGACGCUUCCUGGUGAUGAACUUAAAAGAGUAACAAAAGAGGCCACAGAUGAUAUAGAUCUUGGUAACAAAAUAUUGAAUUUAGAUCUAGCUGUCAGGGACAAUAAUGGGAAUCUCAUAAAUCCCGAAGAAACUAGUACAAUACAGUUAUACUACAAUCACAAAAAUGCUGUAGAUCGAAUGAGUAAAAGCAAGUCUGAACAGAAUGUUCUUCCCAAAACAGCAAUUCAACAAUACUCAAAUAUUUUUCUGGUUGCAAUAAAAAAUUUUACUUGUAAAAUGAACGAAGAUGCUCAGCUCCUUAUCACUCUGUACGACGGAAAAGAAUUCAAAUCAAUAACUGAAAAUUAUGUUGUCAGAUGGUCCAAGGAUGGCUUGAUGAGCGAUUUGGAUCAAAUGCAUAAUUUGAGAGUUAUGUUUACGGAUUUAGGAAAAAAAGAUUUAGAAAGAGAAAAAAUAUAUUUGGUAUGUUAUGUGAUAAGAGUUGGUGCUAUGGAAGUUAAAGAAAUAGAUCAUAGAAGAAGUAGUAAUGUUACAACAUUGAACCGCAAAUCAUCUGCAGAUAAUAUGAGAAGGCCGUUUGGGGUAGCUGCAAUGGAAAUAACGAAAUUUAUGAAAGGUGGUUUAGAAAGCGACUUUGAUAAAGAGUAUCCGAUUCAGUUUAUAAGUUGUGAAAAGGAUAAUUUGGAACAGACUCUAAGAAAAAUAAUCAGUAAAGAUUUCAAUAAGAGUGACAAUAAAAAUCAGGCUUUAUUUGUUAGUAUGAAACUUUUAAGAGGGGAUCUUAAGCAGGUCAGGGAAGAACAUCCGCAUUUGGUCUUGGGAAAUGUAUCCUUGGCUAGAAAAAUGGGCUUUCCUGAAGUGAUAUUACCCGGUGAUAUAAGGAACGAUCUUUAUUUAACAUUAGUAUCAGGAGAGUUCACCAAAGGCAAUAAAACUAGUGACAAAAAUGUUGAAGUAACUGUUACAGUUUGUAAUGAGAAUGGAAAAGCGAUACCCGGUGUCAUAAGUUUGGGAGGUGGAGUGCAACCCAUCAAUAAAUAUAAAUCUGUAAUAUACUAUCAUGAAGAUAAACCUCUAUGGUUCGAAACUUUCAAAGUUGCGAUACCUAUUGAAGAAUUCAAAACAAGUCAUUUGAAAUUCGUAUUCAAACACAGGUCUUCCAAUGAAGCCAAAGAUAAGGGUGAAAAGCCAUUUGCCAUGUCUUUUGUUAGGUUGAUGGAAGAAAAUGGAACAACACUGAGUAAUGCAAAGCAUAAUUUGAUAGUUUAUAGAAUAGAUCAUAAAAAGUUUGAUGAUCAAAGUGUAGAGUAUUUAAAACUGGCAUCACAUGAGAGUGAAAUUAAGGAAGGUCGAAAAAUUCAAGUUAAUGGAUUGAGUGUCAAUGUUAAAGAUAGUUUCACCCUAUCGAGUAACAUAUGUUCAACAAAAUUAACCCAGAAUGUUAUACUACUGGGUUUACUGAAUUGGGCAGCAAAAAGAGAUUCCCUGAACCAAACAUUACAGUCCUUGAUGAAAGUAGAUGGAGAAGAGGUAGUGAAAUUACUACAAGAUAUUUUAGAUGCCUUAUUCAACAUAUUGAUGGACCACCAAGAGACUGAUGCUUACGAUACUCUAGUUUUCGAAUGCCUUUUACAUAUCAUAAGCUUAGUCAGUAGUGAUUGGAAAUAUCAACAUUUCGAACCUGUACUUGCACUCUAUAUCAAGGAAGGCUUUAGUGCAACCUUAGCUUAUAAAAAACUGAUAUCAGUAUUAAACAAAAUAAUAAAUCGAUCUGUACAAAGUAUAUCAAAAACUAGAGAUGAAUUAGUUUUCAAAACAAUGAAAUCUUUACAACAUGUGAUGCGAUUCAUAUCAAGAUCCAGAAUUUUAUAUCUCGAAGUGAAUCCUGAAGUAAGCCCAGAAGACGAAUUUCGUGACAGUCUAUUGGAACUUUUUUAUAAUAUUAUAAAUAUGAUGUCUUCUGCCCAGGAUAGUAUGCUAAGAGAACAAGGGGCUUGUCUCAAAUUUUUACCCUCGACAAUAAAUGAAAUAUUGUUAGUUUUCAAUCACAAGGAAUUAAGUGAAUUCCUUUGUGAAAUGUUACGUAAGAUACCUGUAGGUAGAUUAACAAAACAAAAAAUGAUGACUGUAAAUGAUAUUGUACAUAGCCAAUUAUUUUUAUAUCCAGAGUGCAGAAAAAUUAUGCUUCCUGUAUUUACUGAACAAAUUAAAAUUUUAUUAGAGACAAACGAAGAGGGAUUAGGUGUCAGACCAGAUGGCAGAAGGCAAAAUCGAUCGGUUGCUAAGGUAGCGCAACUGUUGGGAACUACACAACAUUGUCUCAAUCAACAUAGAGGAUAUUCCGAAGAGGUGGAAUUAUGCAUCAAAAUACUCAGUGAUAUAUUGAAACUACUUCAUAAAAGAGGUAUUGGGAACACUUUUGAUGAUAUUCAAGAAAUUAUCAGAACAGAUCUGAGAACUGCAAUUCAAACACAUAUACAUAUGCAUAGGGAGAACCCACAUGACGGGAACUUGGUGGCAAUUAUAAUAGAUAUAUUUAGGCAGAUGACAGAAACCCACUAUACAAAUUAUAUCAACCAAUUUCAAACAAGAUAUGACAUAUUAGAUUUCCUCAUGGAAAUCUUGGUAGUAUUCCAAGAAUUGGUGAGCAAUCCAGUGUUUCCGACAGAUUGGUGUGAAAUGAUUAUGCUACAAAAUAGUGUCAUUUUAAAAUCAUUGAGACUAUUUUCUCACACGAUCAGAGACCACUAUUUCGAAAGAUUUGAGUACCAAGCAUGGAAUAAUUUUUUUCACUGUGCCAUAACUUUCAUGACCCAACCAGCUCUACAGCUAGAAACAUUUUCUAACACAAAAAGGUUGAGAAUAAUAAAAAGAUACAAAGAUAUGAGGAGAGAGACAGGAUUUGAAAUAAGAUCGAUGUGGUUCAAUUUGGGACAAUACAAAGCGCAAUUUGUACCAGGACUAGUAGGACUUAUACUAGAAAUGACAUUGCUUCCGGAGCCUGAAUUGAGAAAAGCUACCAUUCCAAUUUUUUUUGAUAUGAUGCAAUGCGAAUUUUAUUCCUCCAAAUACGUCUUUGAAGGUUAUGGCGAUACAAAAAGAGAUUCCUCUCAUGUUAAAGGAAAUUUCAAAAGUUUUGAAAAUGAAAUGAUAGCAAAGUUAGAUACAUUAGUAGAAGGAGGAAGGGGGGAUGAAGAAUAUAAAAAUAUGUUUCAUGAUAUCUUGAGAGAUUUGUGCAGUCAGCAUACCACAAUGAAAGAAGAAGGGAUUAAAUUUGUUGAAACGGUUUCAAAAUUAAUGGAAAGGUUACUAGAAUAUAGAUGCAUUAUCAUAGGUGACAACAAAGAAAAUAAGAUGAGCUGUACAGUUAACUUAUUGGAAUUCUACUCGGAAAUAAAUCGUCAAGAAAUGUAUAUCAGGUAUUUGAACAAAUUGUAUGAUCUCCAUAUAUCAUGUGAUAAUUUUACUGAAGCUGCAUUCACUUUGGAGUUACAUGCUAAAUUACUCAAUUGGUCUGACAAAGACUUGGGUAUGUUACUAAAAAGCACAAGGCAUGAGGAUUGUUCAACUCACAGACAACUCAAAGAAGCUCUCUACUAUAAUAUUAUUGACAAUUAUGACAAAGGAAAAAUGUGGGAAUGUGCAAUACAAAAAUGUCAUGAGUUAGCCAAGCAAUAUGAAGAAGAAACAUUCGAAUAUGAAAAUCUGUCGAAUAUCUACAAGAGAAUAGCAACAUUCUACGAUGAUAUCAUUAAACACAUCAGAUUGGAACCAGAAUAUUUUAGAGUUGGUUAUUAUGGAAAAGGAUUCCCUCAAUUCUUACAGAAUAAGGUCUUAAUUUAUAGGGGCAAGGAAUAUGAAAGACUUGCCGAGUUUAACAGUAGAAUACUGAAUGAAUUCCCUAAGGCAGAAUUGUUGAAUAAACUAACACCACCUGGACCAGAAAUAACAGAGUCGGAUAAACAAUAUAUUCAAAUAAAUAAGGUGGAUCCUGUUAUGGAUGAAAGGAAAAAGAAACGCUUCUCAGGCAAACCACUGUCAGAACCAAUUCUGAAAUACUAUCAAGUGAAUGACAUUAGGAAAUUCACAUUUUCUAGACCGUUCACAAGAAAGGAUCCUAACUUUGAAACAAGCAACGAAUUUGCCAAUUUGUGGUUGGAAAGAACUGAGCUGACUAUAUCUCAUCCCUUGCCUGGUAUAUUGAGAUGGUUUCCUGUAAUAAAUGUUGAGAUUCAUGAAAUAUCUCCACUCCUGUAUGCAAUUGAAACCAUCGAGAAAACAAAUAAAAAAUUGAGAUCUCAUAUUUUGAUCUUCAACAGGGACAAAAAUAUCCAGAUUAACCCUUUGAGUUUGACUCUGACAGGUAUUUUAGAUGCCAAUGUUAUGGGAGGCAUAAAGAACUAUGAAGAUACAUUUUUUACUGAUGCUUAUAGUAUAAACCAUCCACAAGAUGAAUUGCUAAUACAAAAGUUGAAAGACCUGCUGGCAAAUCAAAUUCCACUACUUGAAUUAUGUGUUCAAAUUCACAAAGAUUGCAUUCCAGUUGCUUUACAGCCAUUGCAAGACAGGCUUGAAAGUCGAUUCUCUUUGAUGAAAGAAGAUGUGGUAAAAAAAUAUGGAAUAGGGGUUUCUGAUAUCAAAAUAGAGAACACAGUGACAAUGAGAAAACAAUCUGCUAGAAUAACACCAAAUCACCAUUUGGAUAUCACAACAGUUAAUGAGAGGAUACCUACCAGCAUAAAAAGUAUAACUUCUCCCUACAAAAGUUUGACAUCCACACCAUCUUCAGCUCAUAAGAAAUCACACAAAACUCCAAAAGAGAAAAGAAGAUCAAGUAAAUCAGAAAUAAGCAGCCCUACAGGAAAUGGUACACAAUGGUAUACAAGUGAUAGCGAAAUCAACAAUACAACGAAUGGUGUAGCUCUCUUUGAACUGACUCAAGAGCUCACUCCAAAAAGGCCACUGCGUUCAGAAAUUGAAAGGGAAAAAAGAUUGAGCCGACCUCCAAGUGGACAAUUUGGACGACCUACCAGCACAAGUUCGAUAUUAAGGGGGCCAAGCAGUUCUGGGGCCAGUAGCAAUAGGGAUUCUGUUGGCACCACAGAUUCUAGUAUCAGUGAGGAAGAUAUUAUACCACCUCCUAUCCCGAUGAAACUGAGAAGUGAAAUAAACAGCGACUACUUCAACCUCGAAAAUACGAGCUUCUUGUAUUCUAAUCGGAAUUCAACCAGAUCUACCACAGGAGCAAACAAUGCCCAACCCUCAGUUGAUUCACAAAAUGAAAAAGAUGUCCCACCUACACCACCUCCAAAACCUCCAAAAAAAUAGGAUUUUUGAGGAGACCAAUUCAAAAUACUUACCAAAGAGGAUGAUUCAUAUACUUCCAGUAGAAAAGCUUCAUGUCACAAAUAAUAAGUAUAUUUUAUCAUGAGAUCAUGAAUUGUUAUAUUAAAUAAUCUACAUUCUAUUUUCUUAAAAUAAUUUUUAAAUUGAAUGCAAAGUUGCUAUUUAAAUGAACUGCACAAGAAAUAUUUUUGUUACCAUGAGUGCCAUGUUUUCCGAUAGAAUAAGUAAACAUUUCAUUAUUAUUUAGAUUAAUAUAUUGUCAUCUGCAUUCAAAACUGCCAAAGAAAAAAUGAUAAUAAAGCAAUUUGAUAUAA